UGCCAGAUUGUGUGGGAUUCUGCUAUAGCCUCACUGCGCAUGCGCGUGGAAAGCCUGGGGUAGGCCCUGCUGUUUUUCUAACUCUAGUUCAAUCCUACACUGCCGUCUCAACCAAAACAAGGCGUAAGAAAAUCCCCCUCCUGGACGGCAGAUAAUCGAGGGUUUCCAUCACCAUUGGGUUUGAGGUUUUUUUUUUGUUUGGAAGUAAAGCGCUCAAUGACAGUCCACAGAAGCCCUUCUGCAACCUUCCCAACAUAAAGAAGAUUUAAGAGCAGAUUUACAGUGGUUCAGGAGUAUUGCUGCUAUUACAGAAAUAAUGACAUGAGAGGUGGCUAGUGCUAACAUGUGGUGCCUCCAGUCUCACACCCGGAUGAAAGCACAUACACCCCACAGGGACCCACUGCAGGCUUUUCUACUUUGACCUCAGAGUUCUCUGAUUGAUUGACCCUGCACACAAAAACAUUAAUAUUCACACACACCUUCUGUCUUGACCAACAAUUGUCCUCAUUCUAUAAAUCCUGUGGCAAGCUCCUCUCCUCUUCCUCAAGGCCUGGCGGUUAAUGUACAAAUGUCUACCUCACGCUUAAAGGUCCCCUCUGUACAACUGCGACCCUGAACACACUACAAAAAUGACCUCCAGCAUAGACCGGGAUGACGGCAGCAUCUUUGAUGGGUUGAUGGAAGAAGAUGAGAAGGAUAAAGCAAAAAGAGUUUCUAGGAACAAGUCGGAGAAGAAGAGGCGAGACCAGUUCAAUGUGCUCAUCAAGGAACUGGGCACCAUGUUGCCGGGCAACACCCGCAAGAUGGACAAGUCUACUAUCCUGCAGAAGAGCAUCGACUUCCUGCGCAAGCACAAAGAAAUUGCCGCACAGUCGGAGUCGAGUGAAAUCCGUCAGGACUGGAAGCCGCCCUUCCUUAGCAAUGAGGAGUUCACACAGCUGAUGCUGGAGGCACUAGAUGGCUUCUUUUUGGCCAUCAUGACGGACGGAAACAUAAUCUACGUGUCAGAAAGUGUCACGUCUUUAUUAGAACAUCUACCUUCUGAUCUUGUAGAUCAGAAUCUGUUGAAUUUCCUUCCACUGGGAGAGCACUCAGAGGUGUAUAAAGCCCUGUCCACACAAAUGCUGGAUGGAGAGACCCUCACCCCAGACUACCUAAAAACAAAGAACCAGUUAGAGUUCUGUUGCCACAUGCUCCGGGGCACGAUCGACCCGAAAGAGCCGCCCGUUUAUGAGUAUGUCAAGUUCAUCGGAAACUUUAAGUCCCUCAACACUGUGCCUAACUCAACACGUAACGGCUUUGAGGGAGUGAUCCAGCGAUCGCUGAGGCCCAUGUUUGAAGACAGAGUGUGCUUCAUAGCAACUGUGAGGUUAGCCAAGCCUCAAUUUAUCAAGGAAAUGUGUUCUGUGGAGGAGCCCAAUGAGGAAUUCACCUCCAGACACAGUUUAGAGUGGAAAUUCCUCUUCUUGGACCACAGGGCACCCCCCAUCAUAGGCUACCUACCCUUUGAGGUUCUGGGUACUUCAGGGUACGACUACUAUCAUGUGGAUGACCUGGAGACCCUGGCCAAGUGCCAUGAACACUUGAUGCAGUAUGGUAAGGGGAAGUCAUGCUAUUACCGUUUCCUGACUAAAGGUCAGCAGUGGAUCUGGCUUCAGACUCACUAUUAUAUCACCUACCACCAGUGGAACUCACGGCCGGAGUUCAUCGUCUGCACGCACACUGUGGUCAGUUAUGCUGAAGUGAGGGCUGAACAGCGCAGGGAGCUGGGCAUUGAGGAAUCACCUCCUGAGAUCUCAGCAGACAAGUCUCAGGACUCCGGCUCUGAGUCCCAGUUGAACACCUCCAGCCUGAAGGAGGCGCUAGAGCGAUUCGAUCACAGCCGCACACCCUCCGCUUCAUCACGGAGCUCCCGAAAGUCCUCCUCACACACCGCCGUCUCGGACCCUACGUCCACACAGACAAAGCUGCAGACAGACCAUGGCACACCCCCCCGCCAAUCAGUGUCAGCCAUUGAGAUGACAUCACAGCGGAGGUCCUCUAUAAGCAGUCAGUCAAUGAGUUCUCAGAACACAGGACAGACGAUGGCAGCAUCUCUUGUGUCUCAGCCUCAGCAGCCUCAACAACUUCAGCCCAGUGUGCAGCCGGUGCUGCAGUUUUCCACGCAGAUGGAUGCGAUGCAGCAUCUUAAGGAGCAGCUGGAACAGCGCACACGCAUGAUUGAGGCCAACAUCCAGAGACAACAAGAUGAACUGCGGCAAAUCCAGGAGGAGCUGCAGAGGGUGCAAGGACAGAACUUACAGAUGUUCUUGCAGCCCGGAGGCGGUGGUCUUAAUCUGGGCUCAGUGCAGCUGACGCAGGGAUCAUCCGUGCAGCCAGGGGGCUCUCUGUCCAUGCAGGGGGCGGUGGUGCCGGCAGGAGGCCUGCAAAGUGGCCUGCAAUCCACACAUACAGGGACACAACACACUGUCACACAGCAUCCUCAGCAGGCACCGCCACAACAACAGAACCUUCUCAGAGAUCAGAGCUCCAAUAUAACUCCGCAGUCUCAGAGGACGUCUCACACACUGCAGUCUCCUCAGGGAGCACUGCCUGCAUCUUUGUAUAAUACCAUGAUGAUCUCUCAGCCGGCGCAGGCCAACGUUGUGCAGAUCUCCACAAGCCUAGCCCAGAACAGCAGCCCCAGCGGAGCCGCGGUUGCCACCUUCUCACAAGACCGGCAGAUACGGUUCCCUGCUGCCCCACAGCUCCUCACUAAGCUAGUGACUGGCCCAAUGGCGUGUGGUGCUGUUAUGGUGCCUACCACUAUGUUCAUGGGGCAGGUGGUGACUGCGUUUGCCCCGCAGCAGGGCCAGCCUCAAACAAUCAGCAUCACCCAGCAGCCGUCUGCGCAGAUGCAGGAGCAGCAGGCUCAGACGCAGUCACAGACAGCUACAGGAACUGCCCAGCAGCAAGGACAGGCCCAGCUUGCCCAGCAGCAGACGCAGUUCCUACAGGCCCCUCGGCUUUUACAUGGCAACCAAUCUGCCCAGCUGAUCCUUCAAGCAGCGUUUCCCCUGCAGCAGCAAGGCACCUUUGCAGCUGCAACACAGCAACAACAGCAGCAGCAGCAACUGCAACAGCAGCAGCAACAACUGCAUCAGCAGCAUCAACAGCAACAGCAACAGCUGCAACAGCAGCAUCAACAACAGCAGCAGCAGCUGCAGCAGCAACAGCAGCAACAACAGCAGCAGCUGCAACAGCAACUGGCAGCUCAUCGCUCAGACAGCAUGGACCGGUCCAACGCACCACCUCAGUAGCUGACCGCCCGUCAGAGACACGACCAGAUCACCACUGAGCAGUCCUGCAGGCUGAGGGGCUUCUGAGGGGGAUGUUUGGAGCUAGAAAAAUAGCAGUAUUUGUACUGUUCCCUCUCAGAUACCCUUGCACUGCUUAUAGGUGAAGGGCCUAAACGGGUGUCCUUUUUUUUUUUUUAACCCCGUGCCCUUUUCGACCUAUAGGAAGUUGAUCAACAGCUGCUUGCACUGAAUUCUGGGAGAGGUCCAACCAUGAAUGCUGAACUUUCUGCAGGCUGGCAAGGAAUCAUCGGCAUCUGGUUUUCCAUAAACGGUCUCCUCCACAAUAACUGUUUCCCCCUUGUCUCGUAUGCCCACUGUGUGCCGUCAUCCCUCUUUCACAGGUUUAAUUUAUGCAGAACGAGCCGCAGACCUGAAGAAAUCUUGCAGGACAAACGACAAACGGCGCCUCUUUCUCUCGGUCCUCCCUUUUCUUCCUCUUUCCUCCUCAUUUUACUUGUCGCAAGUAAUUUUGGGUCAGAAAAUAUUUUUAAGAAUGUCAUGUGGAUUCAACUUUUAUUGUACAGUUCACCUGUAAAAUAAUUUGUAAAUAUAUGGACAAAAGGAAAGAGAAACUAAUAUUUUAUAUGAUGCAUGAGAUGAAAAGCAUAGUCUGUUAUUUGUAGCUUUGAAUAUACUUUUGUUUUCUAAUAUUCAGAGGAAAAAAGCUAAACUUAAUACACAUAAUGUUUGAUCUCUUCACAGACUUCCUUUUUCCAGUGGGAUGGGGGUAAGAGUGUGUGUAUGUGCUUGCGCACAUGUGUUUGUGUGUAUGUGUGUCUGCCAAGCAGGCAGUGCUGGAUCCACAGAUUGUGUCACAGUUGGUUUAAAAGGGCCUUCGUGUUUUAGUAAACUGUUAAAGGAACAGGUGAUCUUUAGAUGUUUUGCAUCAUGUAAUAUACCUUAGUAAUUGAAAAUAUAUAGAUAUGAAUAUUUCAGAGAGAUGUUUUACGUUUGUAAAUAGUUUAAAGAGAAGGCUUUAGAUUUAGUAUAUCAUGCGGUUAGGCAAAAAAACAAUAGAAACGGUGCUCUGACUGUUUAGCGCAGAAUCAUUACGGCUUUCAGCGGCCAUUCGCUUUUAAGUACGGCUGAUAUUUACACACUCUGCUGAACUGGAACUGAUGCUUAAAACAGCAGGGUUAUGAUGAGGAAAAAUAUAAUGGCAUAGUGUGUAUGAUCCUAAAUGAUACAGGUAAAUUAGCAUAAGUCUAAGCCAUAGCUUCCUCUAGUUUAACAUGGUUGUUUACACUGUUAUACAGUGUUUUAGAUUUGAUUCACUAAAUCGGUUUGAAAAACCAGAAAUAUAAUUUCACACAACCAAACCUCUUUAUCACCUAGAGAUAGAAAAUUAUCAGAUAUUUGCACAGCUUUAAUGCAGGAAUACUUUUCACUUGUCUAUCUUGGGUCUCCGCUCGUUGACAAACGACGGCAUUUCAAUGAUAGUGACUUGACUUUUUUAACCUUCUUCCACUCAGCUCUGGAAAAACAGGAAUGUAUCGGUUCACUAGUACCUCUUUGACGCUGACAUAGUCCCUAGCAACUUCUAGCUCUUUGCCCAAAGCACAGAAAGCAACCCUAAUGUUGACAAUCUGAUUCCGUUUUAUUGGCCCCUUUAGUAUUACAAUCCAGAUAUGGCAGAUUGUAGUUGGUUAACAUGCUUGACAAGACAAGUUUCUCCAAAGUUGCUCUGAGACGUUUGUUAGUAGUCAGCCAUCAUCAAUGUUCUAAAGUAGUUAUUGUUUUCCUCUAGUCAAAUAGGUCACACCUUUAGAGUAAAAUUGUUGUUAUAUAUAUAUAUAUAAUUAUUAUUAUUAUUUUAAUUUUUUUUGUUCUUUUUCCUUUUUACCCUUAUGAAGAAAACUAAAUAAAGGCUCAGUUUUAUCAACCGGUAGCACUUAUGGAGGACAGAUUUAGUAUUUUAUUUAUUGAUCAUGUGAAUCAUUAUUAUUAUUUUUUUGAAUUAUUCUUCUAAACAUCAGAAAUUAGUGCACUAAUGAGCAAUAUUGCGUGUGUGAGUGUAGCCACGUAUGGUGUCCCAUACUAGGAAUUUGUGCUCUGAAUUUAACCCAUUCAAGUGCACACACACACACACACACACACCCGGAGCAGUUGGCAGCUGGGGGUUCGGUGCCUUGCUCAAAGCUGCACACCUCAGUUGUGGUAUUGAUGGUGGAAGGGUGCACUGGUCAUUCACUCUCCCCACCUACAAUCCCUGCCAGUACCGAGAUUCAAACCCGCAACCUUUGGGUUACAAGUUAGACUCUCCAAACAUUAGGCCACGAUUGCCAUAUUACCUCUUCAUUCAAAUAUUUUCCAUAUCAGACCUCACUAUAUAUAAAAGUGCCAGUCUGAAUGUUCGUGUUGCAGUAUCCCCACAAUAGCAGAAUAACUCAAGUGAUCUAAGAUAAUGCAGUAUGUAAUCUAACUCCCCCUGUUGUUCUUUUACCCUUUGAGUUGGAAUAUGACGGUCACUAAAUGUGUUGGUUUUUGUGGUCAUGUAAAAGUAAUGGAUGGCUGUACAUUUCAGGACCACAGAAAUUGUACGAUGGCAUGGCUAGAAUGAGCAAGGCGAGAUUAUUGAUUGAAUGUAAAACUGUCACUUAGCUUUAUAGUAAGUAACAUAUUUUAAAGAGGAAUAUAUUGAAAAGUUAGAUGUUCUUAUUUUUCUACAACAGCGUCAGAACAGAGAAUUUAUGCAGAUAGACUAUAGUUGAUGUGUAAACAACUGUUAUAUGCCUUUUGCUAUGAAAGGGAACCGGAAAUUAAGCUUACUCCAUAUUGUAACCUCAAACGAAGGAUUUAAACGAACUGUGACACACUGGAGGACCAGCUGAACUUUCUCCUCACAAUGCAGUUGAAUUCAGGAAGUGGUUAUUUUAAGGCUUUUGCCCGAGUAAGAGAGGUCAUUCAUGUUUGCUGCAGACUUGGGGUACUUGAAGGUUAUAAAAAAACAUUUUUUUAAGUCUUGCUUAAAAAGUAUAGGACACCUGUACAAAUUCAGGCUGGGUCGAAUAUGACCUUCUGAUGCAUAGUGCAUCCUCUCGCACAGGCAUCAGAUGUCAGCUGUUGACACAGAGUUUAAGGGGUUGUUUUUCUGUUUUCUGCACUGAUUUGUAUUAUGUCAGCCCUACGGUAACAGAAAUACUACAGUUUCCUCAGGUUGGUUCAGAAUAAUAACAAAUCCACAUCAAUCUUGCCCCUCCUUUCUCUUCCUUCCUUGAUCUUGUGAUAGUGACCUCUUCAAUAACACAUGUUCUUUUGCAUUUACUGUAAAGAGCCACAAAAAAAGAAUGAUAUAAAAUGGUUGCCCUCUAUGUACCUCUGAAUUGUCUGUGGUGCUCGAUGCUCCUCAGUUGGCGUUUAGUAAUUAACCCAAAGAGCUCUGAGGAAAGAUGGGAGAGCUUGGCAAAUCCUGUUCAAUUUGUUUUUUGAAAUAGUAAAAGCGCCCAGUGGAAAAGGGGGUGGUGAACCAUGUUAAAUGUUUUGUAGUUCUGAUGUACGCACUAGAAGUUCUGAAUGUCUAUCAGUGUUCUCUUGCUAUCAUUUAAUCGUUGUACGUGUGAUGUUCUUUGCAGAGCACUUGUGUUUGGCUCAUGAAAUUGAUCUGGUCAGUACACAUUAAUGUGGGGGAAAAUAGAAAAUUACUUAAAUAUACUUAUAAAUAGAUUUAAAAUAUCACCUUUUUUAGGUUUCGUCCAAUGUUAACCCUCCUUCGGGGGUUACCAGAGCUUGGCUCUGUUUUCCUGACCUCAGUAAAAAAAAAAAAAAA